AUGGAAGCAGCAAAAGCAGCCGUUCAGAAGAUCACCGGCAACAGGGGCCACCACACCACGGUGGAGGAAACGGUCAACCCAGCAGUCACCCACGAGACUGUCAAACCUCACCGCCAUGAAGAGGCCACCCAGGCCGUUGACCGUGAGGUGCAUCAACACCACUACCACACAACAGUGCAGCCCCUUACUCACACCGAACGGCUCCCGGAGAAGCAUCACCACAACAUCUUGCCCGUCGAGCACCGAGAAUUCCACCACGACAAUGAGGCGGACACCAAGGAGAGGAUCACGACGGAGCUAGGUCGUUUCAAGGACCACUCGACAAAGGAACAGACUCACCACACUCAGGCUGCUGCACCGACCGUCACUGGAGAGCAUGUCCAUCACCACGUCCACGAAACUGUGGUGCCUGUCGUCCACAAGGAGACGAUUCAGCCCGAAGUCGUGCACACCACCGUACCUAUUCACGAAACACACCAUGCCGCAGCUCAACACCACGGUCUUUCGGCAUUGCCCAUGAAGACCCUCGAUGAAUUUAAAAAGGUUGGCGGUGUCCUCACCGGCGGAAGCCAUUCUGCACAUGAAGAAUAUGAGGGUGCACCACGACCAUAUAACGACAAACUUUCCACAACCUUUGAAAAGCUGGAGGAGAAGUUCCACGGCACUUCAUCCAGCCCUACGACCAACAAGACCCAUCGACCUACUGACUCUGGUAUCAGUGGUGUGGGCAAUGACCACGUCAACAAUAGUGCCCUUGGGGGAAACAACCACCACGUCAACAAUGGUGGCCUUGGGGGAAAUAACCACAACGUCACUAGCGAUGGCCUUGGGGGAAAUAACCACAAUGUCGCCAGUGGUUCCCUAGGGAGAGAUAAGCACAACAUGUCUGGAAAUGGCGUCGAUGUUGCCAAUCGGCACACCGAUGGAACUGGACGUCUCGGCGCCACAGAAGGAACUACGCCCACCGUGGGCGAUCGCAUGAACCCUCGCACAGAUGCUGAUCGGGAUGGGAAAGCCGGUGUCAUGGACUAG